AUGUCUGUGGUGUAUAAAAAAGUUACUCCAAACGAUCUCUCAAAGAAGAUAACUUACUUUGAAAAUGUGGACUUUGUGCGAAUUUGGAAUACAGAAGUGCCUCAAAAUCUUCCCAUUGACCCUCAAGCGUGGCAGAAGGGUUACUAUUUUCCGGAAAAUAUUAUAAAAUACGCGAAAGAUAUAUCUGAAUUGACAGUGAGAUCAGACGAUGUGUGGGUGUUGAGCUUUCCAAAGUGCGGUACAACUUGGACACAAGAAAUGGUCUGGCAAAUUUGCAAUGAUCUCAAUUUCAAACCAUCUAAUUCGUUGAGCGAGAGAUAUUCUUUUCUUGACCAUCUGGCGGCUUCACUGCUCCCUCGCCAAAUCUGGACGGAAAAACCAAAAAUUGUCUAUGUGAUAAGAAAUGCAAAGGACAUGAUCACUUCUUACUACCAUCAUUGGAAAAACAUUCCAGGCUUUUCAGGAAGUUUCGACGAAUUUAUUGACCUAAUCAUUGAUAAUCGCAUCAACUACACGCCCUUUGAUUCUCACGUUAUAAAUUUCUGGCACAUGAGAAACGAAUCAAAUGUCCUCUUUUUGGUUUACGAAGAAAUGCAGCAGAAUUUACCCAAAGUCAUUGAGAAAACAGCGCACUUUUUCGGAAAAACUCUAACUGAGGAGCAAAUUUACGAACUAGCUGAUCAUCUUUCUUUCAACAAAAUGGCCAACAAUCCUGCUGUUAACUUUGAGAAAGAGCUUUCUCGCCUUCGGAAGGAGAACAAUAUGUCUUAUAAUGAAAAGGAUUACCGCUUUAUACGGAAGGGCAAGGUUAAUUCAUUCAAGGAUGAAAUGAGUCCGGAAAUGAUUAAGAAAGUUAAUGAUUGGCUCUCAAAUCGCUUCAAAGACUACGAAAUUGAUUCAGAUUUGAGGAAAAUUGUCUUCAAUGAGUACGUGAACUAA